AUGGGGUCAUUCGGCUGCCUACCACCCGAGCUCCUCGAUCCCAUAUUGGGACAGCUGGACAGGUCUGAUGUGUCGCGGCUGAGCAGGGCCUGUCGCGCCCUCCACGCCGCUUUGGUUCCCCGUCUCUUCGAGCACCUUGUCAUGGAUGACACCUCCCGGUCGGCCGACUCAGCAUAUCUGGGGGCGCAGAGCCACGGCGGCGCCACCAAGUCCCUCAGCCUAGACAUCACCUACAACGAGUGCACCAUCGUUGGUUGCUGCAUCGCCGGUCACGAUCUCACGAGAUGCCCGUUCCUCGCCGCAAACUUUGGCAUGGGACUCCCGCCAAGCGCCGAGGCGCUCCUGUCGGGGCGGUUCCUCCCGCGCUUGGGCAAGGUCCAGGUUCGGUUCCGGAUCACGGACAAGCACCCAACCCUCUACUAUAGAGCCUGUCCAUCAGACAAGGGCCCUGACUGGAAGUUCCCGGACAUGGUGGAUGUCGCCCAGGCAGCCAUCACGAGCCUGCGCCAAAACAAGACCAUCGAAAGCCUCGUGCUCACCGACUAUCCUCCCUUCAACCCCCUCGAGUUUCUCCACACGCCCGAGGACACGGCGAGCUGGACGGGCCUGCUCGGGCGCCUCGACGAAUUUUCCCUCUCGACCUUUCGGCACGCGACCCAUCGUAUACCCGAUGACGACACCCAUGAUGCCAGCUUCCAGGACGGCAUGCCUGCGGCCUUUUUCGACCAUCUCCGAUCUGUCCGGAGGCUCGCCAUCUCCCACUCAACCGAGCGGCGUUUUGUCAUUGGAGUCGCCCCGUGCCGGCCCCAGCCUUUCGUCCAUCUUCGACGGGGUUUCAUGCCGUGUUUGGAGGAGUUGGAAAUCGGCACCGUCAUCCUGACACAGGAGCUCGCAAGGUGCCUGAUCGAUGUGGCCACGAAGCCCCUGAGUCUGAUCCUGAGAGGCACCAGCAGGGCGAGUUUACAUUACAUAGUCAUCGGAGUCGUCACCUGGAAGCAGUUCUUCGGCCUGCUGGUCGACGGACGUGCUUUCGUUCGCGGCUUGAGCCUGACUCUGGGUAGCGGAAGGCCUGGCCGUCCCGGCCUCAGACGGCUGGCAGUGCAAGAACCCGUCGGUGCUCACGAAAGGAGAGCGCAAGAGCCCGGGCGGGCGUCAUUCCCGUAUCACAACAUUUUUGUCAUUCCCCGCUCACUCGACGACCGAGACAGUCCCAAGGUUUCACUGCGGGAACUGUUGUCGUCCUCACUACUCGAUGCUGGAGGCGCAGUUGAAGGCAGCGGAGCCGCCAUGGCCGCCUAA